UGUGUGCACCUUGAAAGCGCGUAAUGCUUUACAGAACAUUUCCAUCUUAGCCACCUCGAAGAUAUUUUAUGAAUCAUUUUAUUGGAAAUUGUGCAUAUAUAUUUGUAUAGAAAUAAGUAUAAAAGAAUUAUUAGUAAGAUUUUUUUCAUUAAUUUUACAUAUCGUUUACUCUUUGUCUUAAUCAUCAUUUGAGUUGAAAGUUUUGUUUGCAACAUAUCCGAGACGUAUUUCCUGAUCAGUCCUUGUCUCAUCUUUUGAUGCGAAUACAAUGUCCUGGGAGGUACCAUGACCAAUGUUUUCUUUCUACUAAAAGUUUCACUAAUGCAUUUCACAAGUUAACUAAUACUUGUUACAUUAUAAGAAUGGAUAGCCUUUUUACGCAAAAUAUAUGCGAUGAUUUAGAAGAUAUACCCCAAACAGAUCAACCUGUUUGGAUUCUUGGAAAGAAGUAUCAUGCUUUAACAGAAUUAGAAGCAAUACGUAAAGAUAUCUUAUCUAAGUUAUGGUUUAGUUACCGUAGAGGUUUUAUUCCCAUUGGUGGUUAUAAUUCCACAUUUACAACUGACAAAGGAUGGGGCUGCAUGUUAAGAUGUGGACAAAUGGUUCUUGGUCAAGCUUUAGUCUUUUUACAUUUAGGCAGAGAUUGGCGUUGGACACCAGAAACAAAAAAUACAACGUACCUGGAAAUAUUGAAACGCUUUGAAGAUAAGAGAGCUGCUCCUUUCUCCAUUCAUCAAAUAGCGUUAAUGGGAGCAUCAGAAGGAAAAGAAGUCGGACAAUGGUUUGGUCCAAAUACCAUUGCACAAGUAUUAAAAAAAUUGGUUGUGUAUGAUGAAUGGAGCUCUAUUACAAUACAUGUAGCUUUGGAUAAUGCUUUAAUAGUUAAUGAUAUCUUAAGACAAUGUAGAGUGGAAGGAGGUACAACGGUUGAAGUAGAUGGUAAAGAACCAUUGAAAGCACCGAGCCAGUGGAAGCCUUUAUUAUUAUUAAUACCACUUCGUCUUGGUUUGAAUGAAAUUAAUCCUGUUUACCUCAAUGGACUUAAAACUUCAUUCAAGAUCCCACAAUCUCUAGGAGUAAUCGGUGGAAAACCAAAUCUUGCUUUGUAUUUUAUUGGUUGUGUUGGAGAUGAAGUGAUUUAUUUGGAUCCACAUACGACACAGCGUUCAGCUAGUGUCGAUAAUGAGAGAGAAAUAGAUCUCACAUACCACUGCAAGUCUGCUAGUCGUAUUUCUAUUACAGACAUUGAUCCCUCUGUAGCACUUUGCUUUUUUUGCGCUACAGAAAAGGAUUUUAAAUCUAUGUGUAAAACUAUGCAAGAUGAAUUAUUAGAGCCUGAAAAACAACCAUUAUUCGAAUUAUCUUCAGAGAGACUAGUUAAUUGGUCACCUGCUGAAGAUGUUGUAUCUGAGGCAAUAGGAGCUACUAAUUUUUUAGAUUUUGAACAUAUAGAACGUCAGUAUGAUACAUCCGAUGAAGACUUUGAGUUACUUGGUUGACACUUAAUAUACGAAACAAGUAAUCGACUUAAAAGAUUUAACUUUUUUUCCUAUAAAAAAAUUUAUAUAUUAUUUUCUGUGUGGAUUUCAACAUAAGAGUUUACUAUUAUUUUAUUAUUAUUAUUUGAUUUAAAGGAUUUGAAACUAAAUAUGUCCUUCUAUUACAUGUGAAGACAAUUAUAAAAAAAUUUAAUCUUUACAAAUUUAAUAAUAUUUCUCAUAUAUAAAUAUGUCAUACAUGAAACAUAUAGAAGUGUAAACUACACACAGAAUGAAAAUGGAGAUACUAUAACUAUUCAAUCAUUAUAUUUACAUAAAUCUCUUUAUAGUGCAAAGUCAAAAUGUUGAAUUAUAAUAUCUCUUACAAGAAAAUAAUAUAUUUGUCACACAGAUUCUUCGGAAACAUUAGCAAAACAUUUCUUAUCAGUUUUAUAUUUAAAUAAUAUUGUAGAACUGAUAUACAUAUAUAUAUAUAUAUAUAUAUAUAUAUAUGUAUGUAUGUAUGUAUGUAUGUAUGUAUGUAUGUAUGUAUGUAUGUAUGUAUAUAUACACAUACAUAGUACAUCAAAUAUAAAUAUUGACUAAGAAAAUGUUUUUUAUAAGAAACUAAAUAGAAAACAAUUUAUCAUCUUAUUACUUGAUAAAUAUAAUUACACAAUUUAUAAAAAUUGUGGUAUUUGUAAACUAUUCUUAAAAAGUAUAUUCUUGAAUAUCUUGAAAAAAAUGAAAAAGAAAAAAUAUACCACCAUGUUUUUCAAAAUACAAUGCUUUAUAUAGAAAAUAUAUAUUGAAUACAUAAUGAUAUUUUAUUCUGCUCAUUUUUAUUGGAUACAUUUUUAGGCACGACCAUCACACACACACACGCUGGCGUGACAUAUAUUGUUUUUCAAUAAAAUUAUAAAUAUUACAGGAAAAGCAAGCGAGAUAAAUGAAAUUAGAAUUUUUUGCUUAUACAUUUUGUGAAUACAUUUUAAAAAAUAUAAUGCUUCAUAAAUAUCUUCAACACAGAGAAGGAUUCACAAUGUUCAACUAAAUUUGUAUAGAAUUUUCAAAUAUUAUCUCGCAUAAUUAAUUAUGUACAAUGUUUUCAUAUAUGUACGUAUAUUAUAAAGUAAAUUUUAUAUAUCGUCAUUUUUAUUAAUAUGUUAACAAAAUAAGUAUUAAGAUAUUACAUUAUUAUUCUAUUGUUGGUAUUACAUUUCUUUAACACGUAAGUUUAAAUAAUUGCUUAUAUCAAAUCAUAUAUACAUACUUACAUGUAUGAAUCGCGCUGCUUAUACAUUUAGAAAGUUCAUCCGAUAUAUUUGAUAAAAAAAUAACUAUUCUUCUCAUUAAAAUUUUAUCAUAUAUUCUCAUAAAUUUAUUAAUUCGACAUAUAUUAUAUAACAAUUCUGAUAGACAAAAGUGAUAGUUCAACUUAAAAUGACAGAUAGAUGUUAAAGUUACUUUGAUACAUAGCGCGCAUAUUCGUAUUAAAAAUUUUUGCAUUUAAAAUAAAUACAAUGUAUGUGGCUUUCAUUAAAAAUAUUUGGAAGAAAUAUAUUUUGUCACGUGUUGUUAAAAAUUUUAUUUUAUUUAAAAAUGAUUAAUAUCUUAAAUAACUUUUUUAUUAUACGUAUUUAAUGUUUUUGGUACAUAUGUGUGUAUACAUAUAUACAUACAUAUACAUAUAUAUGUAUAUAUGUAUGUAUGUAUGAAAAAAUUUAACAUCUUAAAUGUGUUAUAUCAAAAUCUUAAAGCAUUUAACGUCAGAUUGACGGGAUAAAUACUUUUAUAAUUAACAAAGUGCAGCUUUCACAUUUAUCACAUAAAAUGGAUUCAAAAAAAAAAAUAAUUUCCAUAUGUUGUUUUUUCUUUUCUUUUUUUUUUAAAGUAACCAAAAA